GAUGCAAAUGGAGUAUUCGUUAUUUCAUUCCGAGUGAGUCAGGGUGAAGAAAUCUGGGUGGCGCAGUGCCUUGAAAAUCAAGAAGGGGAGCUGAAGAAGUUUUUGCAAGAUGUCGAAGAUCAGGUAUUCAAAUUGGUUGGAAGACAUACGCUGAUGGAUGAAGUGGACUUUGAUUCAAAUCCUUCAGUACUUGGUGUUCUGGAAACUGUACAAACAGUCGAGAAGGGGUUGAGUCAUGCACGUGCAAUGUCAACGAUGCAAGUGGGUAUCACCAAUACACUAUCACGUUUGCAUUCGCGCAACAACCUCCAUCGUAUCGACGAGAACUGCGAAGAUCGUCCGGAUCGGCCAGCAACGAUUUCAUUCGGUACGCCAGGUCGUGGCAUUCGACAAAUGCUCUCCACAUCAACAUUCCUUCCACGGCUUGGACGCCGUGAUUCGUUUUUCUCACAAUCCGCUAAAGAAUGA